GUUAUGACAGAUACUACAAUAAAUACAUCAAUGUGAGGAAAGGGGGCCUUGGUGGCAUCUCCAUGGUGCUCGCUGGGUAUGUUGUUGUCAGCUACAUCUGGAGCUACAGUCACCUGAAGCAUGACCGUCACAGGAAGUACCACUGA